GACGCUGUGUGACGUCACGUGCAGAGAGCGAGCGCUAGAGAACAGGGGAAGGACGGGCAGAAUGGCUACCCAGUGCCGUAGCUCCAAAUGCACGGCAGAAAGAAAAGGGUUCCGGCGGGAACUCGAUUCUUGGCGGCACAAGUUGAUACAUUGUGUGGGAUUUGAAAGCAUACUGGAAGGAAUUUAUGGACCAAGGUUGCUCAGAGAUCUCAGUAUUUUUGAAGACUGUGAACCAGAAGCCGUUGAUGAUUGGUCAGAAGAUGCAAGGUGCUCUUUUUGCAAUCUUCAACUUGAAAAACUAAGUGACCAUAAUCCCACAGUUGCCUCUCCUCAGUCCCCCCCCUGUCCAGACACACCUCCACCUCAGGGCCAGUCCAACACUGACAAAGUCCAGUGCCAAGCAGACCGAUUCCUCAGCUCAGUCUUUUGCAAGAAAGACUUGCCUCAGAGCUGUGAUUCAAACAUUCCCCAUGUGGCUCGAGAACUGAUGAGUAAAAUGAUACAUCAGUUUGCCAUUGAGUAUGCGUCCAAGAGCCAGCAGGAGGGCAUGAAUGGCUUCUCCGUGGACUCUGUUACCUCUGCACACUACAGUCUCCCCGAGCGAUCCGAGGAGGAUGGCCCCCUGGACCUCACCAUCAGCCGCACCCACCUGGAUAUGGAACAAGCAGAUGGCGUGCUCGACCUCUCAAGAAAGAAGACGGGCGGCUCGUCAAGUGCAUCCUCUCCAGAAGCCCCAGGGAGACUGCAGAGAGAGAGAGAGGACUAUUUGGACCGCAGCUCUGAGUUCUCAGAGGGUCUGCUCUCAAAGGCUUUGAAAGAUGUUCAGUCAGGAUCACUGGAUAUUCAAAAAGCAGCCAUACUUUACGGGAUACCUCAGAGAACCUUGCUUCUCCAGCUGGAGGCCUUAGCGUACGAAGGAGCGGGAGUGUUUCGCAGCAUGGGCCAGGACAGCAGCUUAGACGGGGCCAUGUGGCAGAGCCGGGAGGCUCGCCUGGUGCUCCAGCGGGUGGCGGCGUGGGCGCGGGCCCAGUCCUCCCGCACCGAUCUGGGCAAAAUAUCGGCGGAGAACGCAGAGUUCCGCCUCCCCGUGGCUACCUCCUACCUGCAUCAGCUUACUCUGCAGAAAAUGGUCAGUCAGCUGCGGGACAAGAACGAGAGCCUGUUCGUCCCCGACACCCCUACGCCUCCACACAGCCCUGCUGCCUCACAAAUCAAAAUCCCUCAGGUGCGCCAAGGAGCUCAGCCCAAGCCCCAGGUGGACCUAGCGGAUGCCAUGUACCAGGCCUCCAAAGCCUCAGCCACUGCCGACGGUUCUGCCCUGUACCACAAGCUCAAGACCAUCCUGCCGAAGCAGGCCCAGCUGGAGUACCCUCCAACACUGCUUCAGUCGAGGAUGGAGUCCUGCCUGCUGCAGGCUGACCUGCCCCCCAACCUCUGCCUCCAGAGCAGCCGCAACAACAGGAGUGCCAGUGGCAACGAGGACAUGGACGAGAGCGGGCGGCGGGACAAGCAGCCACGGAAGAAGCGCGGCCGCUACCGGCAGUACGACCACGACGUCCUGGAAGAGGCCGUCACCAUGGUGAUGACCGGGAAGAUGAGUGUGUCAAAAGCACAAGGAGUCUACGGAGUACCUCACAGCACCCUGGAGUACAAAGUGAAGGAGCGGACGGGAACUCUGAAAAUCCCGCCGAAAAAGAAGCUCAGGUCACUGGAGCCGGGCCAGACGGAUACAGCCAAUUCAGGGACGACGGCCGGCUCCAGACACUUCUGAAAACACCGCAGUUCCUCAAGUCACUCUGUAACACUUGAACCUUUCAAACCUCUACAGCGUAUAUGCUUACAUGAAAAAGAAGAGUCACAACACUUGCUUUUAAAGAAAAAAGUCUAUUCAGGGUUUUCACUGUGGAAUUGAAUCUUUCUCUCUAUAUAUAUAUAUAUAUACGCAAAUAUGACUAAACACUCUUAAAUUUAAGUUCUUUCAAUUGUAGCUUCUGCAUUUUAACUCUGGACAUUCAGGAUCCUCUAUAACUUAAGCUUUCUGGAGCAUUAAUGAUUGUCAUGUGCAGCUUAUAGCCAGUUAGCCCUUCUACUGAAGACUUAAAGUCAGUGUUGAUUAUCUUGGACCUAAUGGUAGUUUUAAUUCAGAACAGGAAUUGGGGCAGAAAGGAGCAUUUGAUGCCAGUUGUCCAGCCAUUUCUUAUUUCCAGUUUAGUGGUCAGAUUCCUGUAAACUGAAAUGGCUGAAAUAUUUGUGCUUUUUUAGUAACAGGAGAUAACCCAACAUUUUAAAGAUUCUUACAGGUUUACUUUAAGGAAAACAGAACCAGGUGUAUUUUAAUAUUAGUCAAGCCCUUACUAAGUUUUGUGACAUUUCAUUUAGUAUCUUUAAAAUGUUCACUAGCUAAGGUUGGAAUGCAUCAUAGAGCAUGUUUGAAAUGUGCACAGAUCUUUUUAAAAAGAAGAAAAAAUGAAAGAGCUUGAGAAUGGUAAGGUCUUGUGAAUGUGAGCUGUUUUCAAAAGUAUCUAUUAUAAAGGCAUAUUGACAUAUUUUCUUUCUGCACUCUUCUACUGCAAACCUCACUGAGUUACCACUCCGCUGCUUGAACUUAAAUGUCUAUGUCAAAUGUAUCUUUAUUCAUAACAGUGCUUUUUUUCUCUGUGUAAACGGGCACCAUUGCAUUAUCUAUCUGCUAUAACCAAAAUAACAGUUCAGGGUCGCAUCACACAUCAACUUUUCUCUUUUGCUAAUGCAGUCUUUUCUCUCUCUCUGUCUCUUCUAAUAGAACGUUUUAAUGAAACAUUAUGAUUGCAGGAAAAGCACUUAGGUGCCAGUGGCGCCAAGGUGUCUCUUUACUUUUUUUUUUUUUUUUUGUAUUAGCUGUGAACCAUUCACUGUAAAUGCCACAGAAAUCAAGGAUCGCAUGGACCUCCAAUGACUGAAUAUUGAUGCAACGCAGUUGAAUUGAAAUGAAGGAUGAUGAGAUUAGUCUGAUGUGCGUUCAGAGUUUUUCUGACGUGCUCGUUUCUGUGUUUGUCGUUGUAUUGUGAAUUUUGUAUGUUUCCAUGUAGCUGUCUUUUUCUCUCUCUCUCUGACAAAAUACUCCUCAGAUUCUAUAGCAUUUUAAUCUACAAACAACUGAAUGUUCUCUCAGAUUUUCAUAACAAUACACAGUGCCUGUCUUUACAAUCACUACUCAGCCAUGUAGUGCAACUUUGUGGGAGCUAUCAGCAAAUGGAUUACUCUACAUUGUAUGAGUAUCACUGUAUUGCUUCUUGGAGAAACGAGUUAUAGCGUACCGACACAACCUCUGUCUCCGUUUUGUUUUCUUUCUUUGGGUUUUUUUUGUGGAAAUAGUCUGGUGACAGCCUUUUUUCCCUCUGGUUUUACUUUAUUUUACUGAUGCAGGUAUAAAAAAAAAAAAAAACGACUUAUUGUUAAUCAGUUAUUUAUGCAUACGUCAAUUGCACUAUAAUGACUAAAUUAUUUAUGUUCUGUAAUUGGUAUAUCUAAAUGUUUUGUGUUGUAAGUGUGUUGAUUAUUUAUUAAUUUAUCGUGGUCAGAAUCUGUGAAACUUUUUUUUCCGUUACGGUAACUUGUAUGGAAGCACUUUGAUGCUCUUGCACAUCAAAAACGUGACGUGUUUUACUGCAAUUGCAUGCAUAGCUGAUUUUUAAAUGUUUCCCUAAGAAUAACUUUAUAUCCCCAUGAUUUGCCCCCAAGCCCUUCCAUUAUUUAAAUAUUUGAAACAAAUGGCCCUUGCUUUAUAAGAUGGUGAGCUCUAAAAAGAGUCACUAAAAAGCUCCCUGAGAAUAAUUUAUGUCUGUCAACCAAAAUCAUUUUGUGUGACGUGGCAAAUGAUUACUUAAUGAGUGUCUUUCAUUCUCUUGAUUGUGUUUUAAUAUUUCCAAUUCAGGGCUAAUCAGGAAAAAGUUUGUAAAGUUUGAUGGUGUUCUCGACUGUACUCUUUCCAACACUAAACCCAGUCCGAUCACAUAUUACCUCUCUUUAGACACUCCAUUAAUAAAGCAAAUGUUUUCUAUUUAUUCUUAUCCUACUGAGCUCUUUUUGCUAAAUUGGUUAAUGUUUUAGUGGUAAAUGUUUUUGUAAGAUUGAAAUUUACUUUGAAGUUUUUAGGAUGUGUUGCUCGCAAAAUCGACAUGAUUUUCCUUAUGUUAACAGUCCCCUAUUCCCUGUUUUGUAGAUGAUUGAUCAGUUUGUAAAUUUGAAGUCAGUGGAUAUCCCAUCUAAGAUACAUUGUUGAUUUUGAGUUGAGCGUUGCAACAAUCUUUAUCCUCUGCCUUCUGCAACUUGUCAAUAAAAGACAAAAAAAAAUACAAAAAAGGA